ACAUUCGAUAAAGAACAAGCGCAGAAUCAUCUUAAAAGUUUGAUACUGCCGCUAAAAGUUUCAUAAUCGAAUAAAUUAAUUUUUACCUUUUUCUUUAAAAAAAAAAGAAAAAAAAUGCUCCGUCCGUUGACAGCAUCGAUACUUUGUCUCUUAUGUAUAACAUCAUUACCAUUGAACUCCGCGCAGCCAAAAGAAAAUUGCACUGAAGAGAAAAUUCUUGAUGCAGUUUUUUGCUUUAUCGAACCAAUUGCCGAAUUAAUACCUGUACUGAAACAAACCGAACACUUGAAUCCAGCUGGUAGAAAGCUACAAUCUCUGAUGGAAACAUCGAUAAAAGAUGUUAGAAAAAAUCUUUUUUAUAUGGAAAAAAUUGGAAGUGAUCUCAAAGAGAUUGGUGCAAAUCUUAGAAGUUUAAUUGCUAAAUCUCGAACGAAAAAGCUGCAGAAAGCUGAAGCUUUAAAAAUGAUUCGCAAUUUUAACAAAACGGCUGGUUUUAACUUCUUUCUUAGUAAUUUACAAACAACACUUGCGCCAUUUGGUCAUUACCUUUCAAAAAUGAAGGUUGAUAAUAAAAGAAUUGAUAGAAAUUCAAUCUCAGAUAUAAUUAAAGGGUCUGGAUAUGAAUCUAAUAGAAAUAUUGAUAAACUCCUUAAUAUAGCCAUGUGUUUACUAAAUAUUUCGGAUUACGAAGAUUUCGAAGAUUCCCUCGAAUUCAUGAAAUGCUUCUACGAUUGCGAGUCACUUCCAACUGUUGGAACGUGUUUACAAAACACUUUUUCGAAUUGUUCAGAUUCCACCUUCACUACUCUAAGAAACUUGAUUAUGCGAGUGUUUGUUGAUGGUUUAAGUCCCAAAUUCGACAAAUGCUAUUUCAAUGUAGACGAACCUAGCAACGGUAUUAAACUCGAAGAAGGUCAAGAUGGAAAAUUGAUUGAAUUUGGAUUGUAUGGUCCACCUUUCCUAUAUUGUACUAGCUUGGACGACAUUAGUCCAUCAUUAAUUGAUAUAAUUAUUGAUUUUCUAAUGGGGGAGGAGGAAAAAUGCCAAGUUGAAGUUCAAAUAUCUAACAAAAACUAUAUGGAUGACUUGAUAUCCAAUAUUGCGCCAAUUAUUGGAGAUGCACAAUGUAAAGAUGAUACAACUAUCAAUCAAUUUUCUAUUGGAUCUCAGUCUUGUACCUUUACGAUUGACGAGGAUAAUUGGACAGAGCCUAUGAAUAUAACUCUUACAGCAAAUAUUGAUCGCCAAAAGGAUGGCGAGUUUGAAGGAAGAUUGGGAUUGAAGCUUUAUGUUAACGAUGAGCACAAGGCCUCGAAAAGUUUAAAGGUUACAGUUGAAGACAAAGAUGAUGACAGGCCUUCUAUUUGUAGGGUUUUGUCCAAUUCACAUAUAUUAACAUUCGAUAAGAGAUUUUACAACAACUUCUACGAUGGCUAUUUUGUACUUUAUCAAACAAAUGAUAAGGAUUAUGAGGUACAAACUGUUCAUCAAAGAUGUGAAGGCAAUGCAAGCUGUGUUUGCGCUAUCUUCGUAAGGUCAAAGGACGAUGUUAUGGCCUUUGAUAUGUGUCGCAGAAGAAAUGAAGAAAAACCUAAAUCAAUUAAAUUUAGCACUUACGUACAAGGUGAAUUAACAGUUGGAACAAAGAUUUAUCGUCGAGAUGAGGGUAUGCGUUACGAGGUUGUUCUUCCCAGUGGAACUAAUGUAAAGGUUGCCCAACAUGGCUUCUUCCUUCAUGUUUAUAUAACAGGAACUCCUGCUGAUACAAAUAGAACUGAAGGAUUAUGCGGAUUUUAUAACGGGGACCCUUCUGAUGAUCUCAAGCUUCGAAAUGGUUCAGACUUCACCGGAGAUGGAACCGGAGAAGGAGAACAACCCAGGGCAUUUAAUCUAGACUGGAGAGUACCAACAAAAGACAGGCUUUACGACGGAGCAAACAAAAAUGAUAAUUCAGCGAUGAUUAGUUAUUGUAGAUGCAACCACGUGAUAUUAGCAGGAGUUCAGGGGUCGUGUGAACAUGGCCCUGUAGAAACUUGCAACAUAUAUGGAGAAGAAGUCUCUCAUCAUUUACCUUUGAUCACACGUCACAGUAAUAAACACAAGAACGAAUCUAUAACUGAUAAUUACGACAUUAAAGAAAAUGAAUGGAAUCCACCAGAACUACCUGCUUGGACUAGACCUACAGAAGCUGAGGCACGUGCCAACUGCAUUGAAGAAAUUCAAAAUACGCAUCCCCUCUUGAAAAAUCCAGAUUACUGUUCAGCACCAUUAAAUAUUUUUGAUCCAUUAACUUACGACGAAGAAAUUGAAAUAUGUAUACAGGACACACAAUUUACAAAAGACACAAGAAAAUGGACUAAAUGGUCAGUUGAAGCAGCUAAAGAGCUUUGUAUGUCACAAGUACAUUGGCAAAGAGAUAUGUUUGAUGACUAUCGUGUCCUAGCCAACAAAAGUUGCAUAAACGACUGUUCCAAUCAAGGAAUAUGUACGGAUGAAGGAAGUUGUCAAUGUAAUGAAGAUAUUGGCGGAGGUGAUUGUAGUUUAAGUUUGGGUAGUGAAGGGCUACAAGUCAGAGGCAUGCUUCGAAACGGUUUAUGCGAUACAAGAAGAGAAAAUUGUAGUUCAAUCGUUCUUUUUGGUAACAAUGUAUUGAACAGAAGAGAUAUUAAAUGCCAGUUAAAAGAAGUGACGGUUUCUGGAACGAAUGUUAAAGUAACAGGCAAAGAGGAUACGGUCGACGCCGUAUCUGUUUCAAAUUCGCAGUUCUAUUGUCCGCUACCACAAGUAGGAAGUUAUAGAGUAUCAUUUGCAUCGCCUAGACUAGCAACGAUGCGAAGAAUGAAAAGAAGUAUAUCUACUUUUAUGGAAACACUUUUAUUUAUUUCUCACGAUACUGCAUGCUACACUUGUGCGACUCGAGGACAGAAUGGCGAGUGUAUCAGACGCAAGGAAAGAGACCAUUGCGUAAUAGAUGACAACUGCUUUAUGGAUCUUGAAGAAAAGCCAAAGGACGAUUGCCGAAUUUGUAAUGCUACAGAAUCAACUGCCGAUUGGUCUUUCAAACAUGAAAAGAAAUGCAAGGAUCUUGAAAGGGAGGAAGAGAAGAAGAAGAGUGACGAUAAAAGACUCAAGAAAAUCCGAAUUGGAACUUCAAUUUCUCUGUCAGUGAUUAUAAUCGUUGUUGCGAUAAUAUUAUAUGUAGCAAUUGGACGACACGAAAAGGUCUCUGAUACGGAUUCUGACAUAGGAAAUGAUCUCCCUGUUAAAGAAUUGAAAACUGGAAAUGGUAUAACCGGUUACGAUAAUGAAGUUUUUGCCGAUGAACAAAAGAUUAAUACGUUAGAAAAUGAGUUGGCAAGGCUUAAGCAAGGAGAAAGGAUUAGAACAACGAGCGUAAGCAGUCUUGGUUCUAUUGGAAUUGGCGGGGCUGGACCAACAACAUUCAGCAAACCAACAUUUACUCAUGUAUACGAUAACCGUUCUUAUCGAUCAAGAGAAAACUCGCAUAGUGGAACUUUACCUAGAACAAAUAGAGUAGAAAACAAACCAAAAUCUGAUAAAUUAGAAUACAAAUUUAAAAUGGCCGAAGAGGACAUUGAAUUGAACGGUGACAAUGGAGAAACUGAAUCAGGGGUGGAUUGUAAAAUUGAGAGAUUCAUUAAAUAUCGCGUUGGGGAAAGACCUCCCCUACUUUUAACUGCUGUAUACGCUUUUGAGCAUCUACUUAUUGUCAUCAGCACCCCAAUCAUUUUCGCUACUUUUCUAAGUGCUAGAUUGUGUAAUAGUAAUGAUUAUACGCUGCAAAUAAACUUGAGCAGUAUGUCCUAUUUGGCCUCUGGAAUUGCAACGCUCAUUCAGGCUAUUUUUGGAUGCCGUCUACCAAUCAUUCAAGGUCCUUCAUUCUCUGUAUUUGCUCCCAUUGCCGCCCUAGAGCAAUUACCAAGUUGGGAAUGUAAUUCGCCCAAUAAUACAGCCGUUUACGAGAUUCUCUCUCCUAGGGAUAAACUAAGAUCGAUCAGUGGUGGGGUCCUGCUUGCCUCUCUAGUUCAGAUGUCUUUAGGAGCUUUUGGCCUUAUAGGUCUUCUUAUGAAGGUAAUAGGUCCCUUAACCAUCGUACCAACAAUAUUUUUACUCGGCUAUACCCUAAUAACUCCAAUGGUGAGCAUGUGCGAACCAAGUUGGUCUAUAGCUUUUCUUCAGGCCAGUCUUAUUCUACUAUUCUCAAACUUAAUGGGAAAGUUGGAAGUUCCCAUACCAUUCUUCAGCUGCAAACAGAGAAAGUGUAAAAAGAUAAAUUAUCAACUUUUUAGAACUAUGCCGAUUUUCUUAGCUAUGGCCCUAACUUGGAGUUUAUCUGCAAUUUUCACUCAUUAUAAUAUCUUCUCAUCAAAUCCCAAUUCAACGAGCUUUAAAGCAAGAACCGACGCUAAAACCAACGUUAUAUCUAAAACACCAUAUUUUACAUUACCUAAUCCAGGAGAUAUAGGAAAUCCCAAGUUUGAAUUACCAGCUUUCAUGGGUAUUUUAAUAGCUGUUAUUACGUCAACUCUCGAAUCAGUUGGCGAUUAUCAUGCUGCUGCAGCUAUCAGCGAGGAGCAACCUCCACCUAAACAUGCCAUAAAUAGGGGUAUUUUUAUGGAGGGUGUAAGCGGUGUCUUUACUGGAAUAAUGAAUGCGGGUCAUUUGACAACGUCCUACAGCGAUCCUGUCUUUGGUGGUACUGUUAUGGCCCUAAUAGCUUUACUUACUGGUUUAGGCUUUUCUUAUCUUCACUAUGUUGAUGUUAGAUCAACUAGGAAUAUGCUUGUUCUUGGUAUGGCUAUUAUAGUUGCUGUUAGUAUUACAUCGUUCCUCAGUAGCCAUAAAGGUUACAUUCAGACAAGUAUUCCGCUUUUAACUGCAACACUUACAGUUCUACUGCAUUCCCCUAUGUUCCUUGGUGGAUUAAUGGCUUGUAUUCUAGAUAACAUUUUACCUGGUUCGGCUGAAUCAAGAGGAAUAAAAAGUUGGAGACAACACAAAGAUGCUGAAGGAUCUGCAAAAGCAGAUAGAGAUGAAAUUUACAAACUACCCUUUCAACAUAAAUACGAAAAUAGUAGAAUAUUUAAGGUCUUGUGUAAAAUAUCGCCCUUAUUUCCUAACUUUACUAUGCCUGAUAUUACCAAAUGUUUUAGAAGAUAA